CGAGCCAAUGGGAAGAGAGCGCCGAGUGACAGCUGCCCAAUGGGAGCCUCCGGCUCUCCCACCCUGCGGGGCGGGGGGUGGGCAUCUCCCCGCCGCCGCCUGAGGAAUGUCAACUAUUCAACAUGGAGACGGCGGUUACCAGGCUCGAGACCAUGUUCCAGAAGGCAGAAUCUGAUCUGGAUUAUAUUCAACACAGACUGGAGUUUGAAAUAAUGAAAAGUCUUCCUGAUAAUCCAGCAGCAGAGGAAAACCCAGUUGCUCUCUUAGAAGAACUCUCAGUAGUGAAAUCUCGUUACAAAACGUUAUGUACGCAGCUGGAAAAAAUUUCCUUAGAGCAGAGAGAAUCCAUGAAUGGCAUCCGUGCUGCUCUAGAGAACACGAUGAAGAUCGUUCAGGCACUGCAGCAACGCACUGAUCUCCAGCGCUUGCCUCUGUCAGAAGAAGAACAGGCUGCAGCACAGCAGUUAAACUGCCAAACUGUUCAAGAAAUGGAAUCACUUGUCGGAAAGCCACUUUGUUCAGAAUCUGCAGACCCCGACUCAGCUGCAGAAUCAAAGUUCAAACCGCUGACGGAAGAAAUACUUCUGACUGUGCCAAGGAGUAUCAGAAGCACUGUUAAAUUAGCAGACUUGAACAAUUUGUACAGGGAUUUAUUUAACCACUUUGUUGUAAAUAAGAACAGAGCGGCACUGAGUGUUUCACAGAUGAACAAACUGAAUAUGAAAGCCACUGACUCAAGAAUACGAAUCUUGAAAGAACUUGCCAUUGUGGAGCUUGACAAACAAGGAAACGUUAAAUUAGUCGUGUAAUGAGAGCCCAGCCCGUCCUCACUGGGCACACAGCGCCGUGGCCAUCGCUCCUGAAUUACUGACAAGCAUUCGUUCGGUGCCGGGGAGUUACAAGAACGCUGUUGGAAAGCUGUUAACAUUGCUGUGUGCAAAUCCUAUUUCUAGUACUUAAAGAAAGUGCAGAAUGAAAAGCCAUGGAGGCUGGCGUUUGAACUUGGGUAUUUGUACGACCGCAGCCCGUGCGGUUUUGGAGCAGUGAACCACGCGACAUUUCCACGAUUGCUUCCAUUCCUGAGCGGGGUUUUUAGACAAAUAACCCAAGCCACUUAAUUGUAUUUACAUUCCUGAAUAAAUGGUGAAAGCUAA